GAGAGAGCAACGGUGACGUUGCCCCUCACCAGCAGCUCCGCCACCAAGAAGCGAUACCGUUACCCACUAAAAGACGACCCCAUGUUCCAGAGCCAAGGCAGGGGACCAAGAGCAACGACGCCUAAUUUUGGCUUCAUUCCAACUUUCAUCUCCCAUACCUCAUAACCUCCUCCCCCCUGACUCUGCUACCGAACCUCGCUCUCCCCUCCUACAUCCCUCAUACAACCGAUAAUUCUACCACAAUGAAGAAGUUUGGCUUUGGCAAGAAAGGAGGCGACGACGGUGAGGAUUCGAAUCGCAGCGCCCUCUUCGGCGGUCGUAAGAAGGCCCCGCAGCAGUCGCAAGCAUCCGACAAUCCAUAUGCCCAACAGGGCGGCAACAACAACGAUCCUUACGCCGAUACCUCAAAAUAUGCCAAUGUAUCGCCGUAUCAACAAGCUCGCAACAACGUUGCUGCAGGCGGCGCACCCGGGGCUGGUCCCCAGGGCGGCAACCCUGGCUAUGGCUCUGACCGAUACGGCUCCGGCGGCGGCUACGGUGGCAACAGAUACGAGUCCAACAACGACCGAUAUGGAAGCGGCCCUGCCCCUGCGGCUAGAGGCCCAGGAGGAUAUGGUGGCUUCGGCGGUGGCAGAGACGAGCCCGAUAGUAACAGAGAUGCUCUUCUCGGCGGCGCUCAGGACCGCUACGCUCAGAAGCAGUCUAGCAACACUGGUCCCCCUGGCGGGGCAUAUGGACAGGCCGGUCAACCCGGUGCAGGCGCGCCUGGAAACAACAGCUACGGUGGUGAUUAUGGAGGAUAUGGAGAACAGCGCCAAUUGACAGAAGAGGAGCAAGAGGAAGCUGAUUAUCAAUCCAUCUUGCAAGAAAAGAGACAGGUACAGCAGGAGAGCGCAUCAUCGGUCUCACGCUCCGUUCAGAUGGCUAGACAAGCGAAUGAAGUUGGUCGAGCUACACUAGCACGUCUUGGAGCUCAGGGAGAGCGUCUACAAAACACCGAAAAGAACCUUGAUCUCGCGGCCAACCAGAACAAAAUUGCUCAAGACCGCGCAGCCGAACUCAAGACUCUGAACCGCAGCAUGUUUGCCGUCCAUGUUUCCAACCCAUUCACCUCAAAGCAGCGACAAGCUCGUGCGGACGAAGAAGUCAUGAACCGCCACCGUCAAGAGAGAGAUGAGCGUGAGACUACGCGCAAGGAAGGCUAUGUGGCUAACCAGCGUAUGGAGAACACGUUCCGCGAAAUGGACAACGUCAGCAUGCAACGCCAAACCCAAGCUCAGCCCCGCAAGAAGAACUAUGGCAAAUUCAACCUCGAUGAUGAGGAGGGCGCCGACGAACUCGAGGAUCAGAUCGACGACGGUUUGACGGAAUUGGAGGGCCAAGUGUCCAUGAUGAACAUGGUUGGCCGUGCCAUUGGCAAGGAAGUUGACGCUCAGAACAAACAAAUUGACAGAAUCAUGAACAAGAGCGACGCUGUCGACGAUGCCACAAGAAUGAACCGCGAGCGCUUAGCACGUAUCAAGUAAGCCCUGACGCCGCAUUAAUCUAAGCGUCAGAGCAGAUCAAAAUAUAAUAUAUAUAUGGGGGGGCUUAGAGUAGCAUUAGACGUUUAAAACAUGACCGAUUCGGGGGCGGCCGGCGCCAACAUUAGCCGUGUCAAAGAUAGAAGAAGAGCAGUGAUCCCUCCAAUAAAUUGAAUACACUCUAUGAAGGAUAAUAC